AGACUUUUCAGUCGGUCACGAUACCAAUUACUAGUAGAUGAUCACGCCUAGGCACCCAUCGGCACGUCUCUGAGUUGCUUGAUCUCCUCUUUUGUCCACCCAGCACAAACCCCUGUCUUUGCGAUGUUCACCACAGGCAGCGCGUCUCGUCACGCGCAACAGAUGCCCCGACCCAAGCCUCCCAAGGCACGUGGUGCGCCCUCGACCUCAUCGCCUGCCACGGGCCCCUCGCAGAGGCCUGCCAACCCUAAACUAACGCACUUCAUAUCAUUGCCGAUCGGACACCAUGCGAGCCUCCGCGCCUCCAUGACGGGCUUCACGUCCGCGCUCCUCCAGGGCGCCCCCGCCGUCGCCGGGCUCGACCGCACCAUCGUGAUCCCGGCCCGCCGGCUCCACCUCACCCUCGGCGUCAUGUCCCUUGACCAGCCCGGCAGCGCGCGUGCGAACGCGCCUCCGCCCACCCUCGGUGCCGCGCGCGCGCUGCUCGAGGCCCUCCUUCCGCGUGUGCUCCAGAUGCUCCACGGGCAGAGGCUCAGGGUGGACCUGGAGAGGAUGGACGUGCUGCAGCCCGAGCGGGGCGACGCGUCACGUGCGCAUGUAUUGUUCGUGGGCCCCGUGUUGGGCGGGGAGGACGGCAGGCGGUUGCGCUCUGUUUGUGAGAUGGUGCGCGGGGAGUUCAUAGCGUCGGGGCUGAUGGUCGACGACCAUAGACCGCUCAAGCUGCAUUGCACGGUGCUCAACACGACGUACCGCAAGCCUCGACCACGCGGCGCGCGACAGCCGUUCUCGUACGCCGACAUCCUGCAGUCCACGGCUUUCCGUGCGAUCGCGGCGACCCAAGGUAGCGGUAUAGGGGCGCCGACAGCAG